GACCACCUUGUGCAUAAUGGUAUCCUAAUAUUAAGCAAGCAAAGCAACCCGUCUUCUAAAUAAAUACGUAUGGACAUAUGUAUUUGCAUAUGUAUGUAUGUACAUAUGGACAUACCAGGAAAUACUUACGACCCACAUGACAAAUCUGACAGUUGAAGAUUCACAAUUAUUUAAUUUAUCAGUACAAUUGGCUGAGAAUGAUAAUUAGGGAACUUAUUUAAAUAUUUAGUUUUAAAAUGUUGGCAGAAAAAAUGAUUGAGAAAAUACCCUUCGUCAAGUGUGCCAAGUGGGGGAUGGUUUUAGAUUUGGUUUUGACGCUGGCUAUAUUUAUUUUAUACACGGCGUUAUGGAUGGGAGUUUCUGUACAGAUUUCUACCCUACUUUUGGAGGGGGAUAAUAAAAUCGGGGACGAUUUGGCACCUGCCAUGUUAAUGAUUACAAGAUUUGCAAUAUUGGUCGUCUCUCUGUUAAUAAAUCUGGUGGAGUUGGCAGCCAUAAUAUUUUUGCUUAAUGCGAUACAACAGGACAGUCCAGUCCUCGAUGUCGCCCGAUUUGGCCGAUUUUACAUCAAAGUCUUUCUAUUUUUCACGACAUUUAUCGCAAUUUGUGUCCUCACACGGGGAAAAUCGGGUCGUUCUUAUAUCACACUGGCGAUCCAAUUACUACGCGUCAUCCCUGCCCUUCUAGUUCACAAAUUCGUCCGUGAAUUAGAAUACGAAGCUUUCGAAGGGUUGAAGAAAGUCGACCUUAAAGCGGACGACAUCGCCGCAUCACGAAUCGAUUUACGCAUCAUCGAACAACUAAAAGAGCGUCAAGAGCAGAUAACUUGCAAGUCACGUGUCGACCUCGUGGAGCAGAUUGGUCGCCGAAAACUCACCCCACCGCACGGCCCCCCGCCCCCAAUUCCGCCCCGAUUAACUAAGAGUCAGGCGAGUCUGCACUUUUCGAGAGAAUCCAUCGUCGCAGAGGUGCACACGCUGGUGUAAAAAAAGACACUUUUGUAACAAAAUUUUUGUUAUGUUUUUUUAAAUCUAUGUCGAAAUUAAUGCAAUUUUUUAAGAAUUUAUUUUGUAUGGACUCAGAAAUUGAUGUAAAUAUGUAUGUGUAAAAUGUUAUUAAUCGUGAUAUUUUUUGAUGCAAUACACAAAAUUGCCAUGAUUUUUGGGCUUUAUAUACUCUUUAUAAAUAUUUACAUAUAGAAAUUUAGUUAAGGAAUUUGCAAUAAUUGUUCAUGAAAUGAAACUUGAAUGGAAUUUAUAUAUGUAGUUCGCAUAGUAAAAUAAAACAAGUGUUAAUUAUU